GUGCAGGUCUUAUGGUGCUGCGGAAGUGAAGUGUCUCUACCAGGCUGUCGCGGAGAACAGGCACUACAUGACAUCUGCAAGACAAGUGCUUGAAUAAAAUUGGGGAGACCUGACCUGCUUUGAUUCGACUAUGGAAUGGGAAAGGGAUCUAAGGCGCAGCCAGUCUUUGAAGAGUCUCCCCUCGCAGUCUGACAAGGCGAUCUGGACAGAUGCAGGACUGCAGGACAGGACGAUAUCUGUGUCCCAGUUAGUGGCCAGGUAUCAAACUGCAGUGAAAAAAAGCACAUCAAGUCAACCUGCACCAGAGAAUAAUGCUGAAGGAAAUAUAAAGAAACAAUUAACGGAGAUGACUCCAUCUCCCCUGCACAGCAGGGAGACUCAUCUGGAGUCCCUUCUGAAGAGAAAUGAAGAGCGGGAGAGGGCUCGGGCCACAACCACCCUGACCCGCAGUAAAUCAGAGGGUACCCUCCAAAACAGCACUGGGUCCAUAGACGCCUUGAAGGCUCUUUUUGAGUCGAAGGCAACGGGAAAGCUGAAACCAAAGAGCAGUUUUAAAACUGGAAACGUAGCAUUAGGUUACGUUGUGGAUGAGCCAGUGAUGAAUGGAGAGACUGAGCAUGUGCAGAGUGCUACAGAGGAGCAGAGAAAACCUGCUGAAAAGACAACUAAAAAGGAGCCAAAAGAUGAUUUUCUGACUCAAAAGGUGGUGAAUCAGACCCAGACAGAGAGAAACAAAACAAUAGCGGGCAUUGAUUUUGAAAAGCUUGCAUCAUCUGAAGCUGAUGAAAAGAGGAGGUCAGCUGCUGACUUCAGAGACAGCUCUGGCAUCCAAACCAAAGAGAUACUGUCUGUCUCGGUCAAAGCUAUGUCUGCUCUCUAUAUGUCAAAAGUGGCAAAUAAGGAAUCAGCAAACAAGCCUUCUAAAGUGGAAAAGGAUCAAGCUCAACCACGAGCUUCGGGAAAGUGGACCAAGCUAACUAAGAUGGAUGAAGACUCUGAACAAAGAAUAGAUGACUAUCCACCACAGCCCCCAGAAGAGCCUGAAGAGGAACUUGAAGACAGCGCUGACGGACAUUGCGAACAGUUGAUGUCUUCCCAACUUUACAGGGAAAAGUUAUUCCAACAACGACAGAAAAAUGAGCUGAGACGGCUCCUGAAGCAUACCUGCCCGGAGAUAAAGAUGCUGGACGACGUUGUGAAUGAGGAGUUUGCUGAAGUGUUGAGCUCUAAAUCAGAGUCUAGUGGGGAAACCGGAUAUGAGGGAGAGGUUCUUUCAAGAUGCUUGAUAUUUGAAAACCGUGGCAGCAGCUGCAGCACCCCAAAGAUCUGUGUCGAAGAGCGACACAGAUCGGAAAGACAGGAUUAUCGGAAAAUAGCAACGGUUUUGGAAGAGCUAAAAGAUGAACCUUACACUAAGAGUUGUGAAGGAAUGAUGAUAAGUGAUAAAUCUCCUGACUUAGCAUCAAAUUAUAAUAAAGAAGUAGAGGAACAGGUGGCAAAAAUAGAUGUUAAAGCUACUAGAAAGGUAUUUGAGAAUAAGUGUUCAAGCAACGUAAAGCCAGAUGAGAUUCAGGGGAAUGUUGCAAUGGUUUUGAACAAACCACCUGAAAUAUCUUCUGUUGACAGCAUACAAGGUGAUAACAAAAGUGGGGAUAAGAAUUUAGAAGAACAAAAGCCGUGUACAGAAAAUUACAUUUCUUGCAGAGAAGUAUUUCCCUGCAAUGAUCUCCCACUUGAGGGGAGUUUCGUAAGUUUUACUGAAUCAGAAAGAAAAAGAGAAAUAAUAAAAACAAAUGCAGCACUCGUCCAAAAUAACCCCUUUAUUUCCUCUAACAUUGAAAGAGAGGAUUUUUUAAGCCAUACAUCAAAAACUCAAAAUCAAAGCAUUGCAGCAAGUGAAGACUAUCCGAUUGCCAAUGUAAAGAACAGAAAACAUCUGUUUGAUUCGAUGCCAUUUGAUAAAAUUAGACAUCAGAAUCAGGAUGAAAUUGAGAUGCUGGUGGAAAAUAUCAAAGAAACGUUAAAUUUUCUCCACCAGGUGAAAGCCAUUCACUCAGAUGGGGCAAUUAUUGAGGUUAACGAGACAAUGAUUGCUAAAAAGGCACAGUUCAUAAUAUCAGACAGGGGACCUGAGAUAAAAUACGAUAAGGUGGCUGAAGGUGGUGCACAAAAUUUCAUAGUUCAGCUGCUACCGCGGGUAAACCUAAAACGUCAGAUAAUUUACCUUAAGGAAGUUAAUAAAGGGUUUAUAGAGGCCACAGUGGUGGAUGCACUGGCUCACCAGCAUAGAUUCAGUGCAAACAAAGACCCUGAGUUAAAGACUGCCAAUGUAGUUCAGUUGGUUGAGGAUAUCCUCAAUCAGGACAACUCCCUGAGAAAAGGGGUGAUCAUUCAAGAAGAUGACAGAAAGGUCAUUGUUUAUUCCCUCUACAAGUACUUUGAUGAAGAAGACGUGAAGAGCUACAGCCCUCCAAACAGUGCAGAUCACGAUGAACCUGAGGCAGAAACAGUGUCAGUUCCACAGAGCAGUCAAGACCAAUCCAGGCCAGGGUUAAUUAGGGCCAAUGUCAAACUGUUCAAAAGUUGCAUUGAAAAGGGUGACUUGGAAUAUCUAAGAUCACUUCAGGAUGAUGAACAAACCAUUCCCAGUACUGAGCAUAGUGAAAGUGAAGUAGAUGUCAGAGUGGAUGAUGAAUCUCAUCAUCUCCAUAUGAGCAAUCCAACUGAAGAGUGUAUCCAAGUUGAUGUAAAAAGACUAAAAAGCAUGUUCUCUGAAGGAACAAGUUGUAGUCAUAGUAAAUGUGUCAAAUAUUCUGCAGUGUCAUCUGGAAAAAGUCAAUCUCCUAUAGAAAGCAAUACGGGGGCAUUCGUAUUUCCACAGUCCAACAAUAGUUUUCAUGCUUGCUUCGGUGAAGGGCUUAAAGAAGUUCUGGCAAAUUCAGAAUCAGAAUCAGCUGAAGAAAUCUCAAGCACAAAAGUGGAAUCAUGUUUAGAAAAAAGUCAUAAAUCUCCAUUAGUUGAAGGAAUUUUCUCAGCACCUGAAUCAGACUUGUUACCCAAAAACACAGAAACAGUCAGUGAAGAGGCCAAAUCUAAGAAAGGGCACACGUCUGAGACAUGCAACAAAAUCAAUGAAGGAUUUAGAGAAUUAGCUAAAAAUGAAAACAUUAAAAUUUCUAUGGUUCCUGAACAAAUUUCAGAAGCAACAUUUGAACAACAAGAAGAAGUCUGUUGUCAGGGCACAAUACAAGCAGCGUUGGAUUCCUUGGAGAAGUCUAAUAUCAAUGUGACAAGAGGAGACAUUAGGGCAGCUAUGAUAUACAGACAGUCCAAUAAAUCUUAUCAGAGAAACUCACAAAGUAAUAUUCAAAAGCACAGUACUACAGACUUUAGCUUUUUGGCUGAGCCUAAAUCAAUUCAAGAACAUCAAAAGCCAGAAACACCCAACCAAGAAGUAACAGUGGCAAAGGUGGAGCCUCCACACCCAACAACAGCAAAUACUGAGCUUCUGCACCCAACUGAAGUCCCACUACACCUACACGUGACUGCAUCAAACGCAGAGCCUUCUCACCCCUCUGAAUUACAACUAAACCUAAAAGUGACUUUGUUCGAUGCAGAACCUCCACACCCAACUAAAGAACCACUAAACGCAGACGUGAAUGUAAAGAAUGCAAAGCCUUCACUCCUGGCUAAAGAACCAUUAAACCUAGAAUCAACUGUUGAUGUAAUGAAUGUAGAGUCUCAACACCCAGCUAAAGAACCACUGAAGCAAAACGUAAUUGUGACAAAUUCGGAGCCUAUCCACCCACCUGAAGGACUAAUGGACAUACAAGUGACUGUGUCUAAUGCAGAGCCCCCAUACCAAACUGCAGAACCACCCAAACAAGAAGUAACUAUGGCAAAUGUGGAGAAUUCAAACCCAACUAAAGAACUACUAAACCUAGAAGUCACUGCAGUGAAUGCAGAGCAUCCACACCCAUCUAAAGAACCACUAAACCACAAAAUGACUGUGGCAAAUGUGCAGCCUCCCCACCCAACUGAAGAUCCAGUAACACAAGAAGUAACUGUAGUUAAUGUGGAACCUUCUCACCCAACUGAAGAACUAAUGAACACACAAGUGACUGUGUCAAAUGCAGAGCCUCCAUGUCCAACUGAAACGCUGCUCAACCAGGAAGCCACUGUUGCAAAUGUGGAGCCUUCAUGCACACUUAAAGAACCACUAAACCUGGAAGUGACUGUGCCAGAUGCAGAGCUUUCACACCCACCUGAAGAGUCACUCAACCAAGAAGUAACCGUGGCAUAUGUAGAGCCGUCACACGCACUUAAAGAACCCCUAAACCCAGAAGUGGCUGUGCCAGAUGCAGAGCCUCCACACCCACAUGAAGAGCCGCUCAACCAUGAAGCAGCUACGGCAAAUCCGAAGCCUCUACAUCCAACUGAAGAUCCAAUAAAGCUGCAAGUGAAUGUGGCAAAUGCAGAGCCCCCACUUCCAAUCAAACCCCAGAACAGGCCUUCACAAAGUGUUGUAUCAACAAAAAGCAAAAGAGUCACUGGCCCCAAACCACCAAUUCCACCUAAACCUGAACAUUUGAAAGAAAAACAAGAAGUAUUUCAGCCAUCUACCAGUAGGAACCCAGAGGAACACAAAAUUAGUACUAUGGGAAGUGAAGAAAUGUUCUGUCAGGUUUCCCAGCCAUCAGCAACAACAUUGUUUUUAGGUCAAGAAGGCACUACCAAUCACAAAAACUAUAAUUUAGAUAAAUCUACGAAGACGUUGCAACAAAUAAGCGGGAAGUCUGACAUACAAUGUUUGCCCAUGCUCUUAGACAGUAAUGAAACAGAUAUAAGAAAAAUAAAUGGACAACAAAAGACUGAAACCAAAGAAAAGAAAGAUACAUCUCAAAGCACAUUUGUGCAUGACAUAAUAUCUGAAACGGAUGAAACCCAUAUAAAUUUCCAUGAGGCCCAGCAAAAAUUCGGCGGCAAAGUUGUGUCAUCAAAAAAGACGGCCCCCGUAAAGCCAAAACGAGUAAAACAUUUUCAGGCCAGUGACAAAACCCAAAAGCCCUUAACUGGAGAAUGCACUACAGAUUGUACUGUUCACAUUGGAGCUGAUCCAUCAUCCAAGAACUGUGAAAUAACUGCUGACAGUGCAGAUAGGCAUUACAAGGAAACAAAGCAAGAUGUCAAAGUUGAGAUGAGGGAAAAGAAAGCAAGAGUGGAAACAGAUGAUGAAUGCAGACAACGACUGUCCAUACACAUGGAUGAGAUUGUGAGAGGAAACGUAACUGCGGCAAUGGAAAUCUUUGAACACCUGAGAAAGCAAGAGCAACUGCAAAGCAUUCUGAGUCGUGUAGAAGAAAUUGAAAGCGACACGAGUGAGGUUGAUGUGACGUCACUGAGGAGAGUGUUUGAGAACGUCCCUGACUGGAUUGUCAAUACAGACAAAACAGGGCGACGGAAGGUCAAAGCAGAAAAUAAAGACAAAAUGAUGCAGUCAUCAGCAGGCAAAAAACAUUGCAAGUCCUCAAUGGAGCAUGUUUAUGGAGAUCUUGAGCGUGCUAGUGCGGAAAUAAUAAAUCUAAAAGAGCAGACUUUAGCUAAACUUAAGGAUAUAGAGGACACCAUUAAGAAAGCACUUCUUUCUGUUUCUUCACUAAAAUCUGACUCAGAUAUUGCAAAUUUAUCAAAUCUGCUCAAAGAAUCCCUGGGGGUUGUGCAAGAAUCUCCACGUUCUAGCAAUAUAAGCAAAACUGAUUUAAGCAGAACCAAACCACAGCAAUCAGAAGAAAGUUAUUUUUCACAAAGAAGCAGCUCUACAGGCACUGCAGCAGCUCCUAGCGCAGAUCAGUUUUCUAUAAAGCAACAGGAAAGCCCUCCAUCUUCACCUGCAUCCAUUUCUAUUCAGUCAGCAGCAAGAAAAACAGAUAAAACAGACGUUGUGCCACCAGAAACUUUAAUCUGUAUGAAGUGUCAGUUGAACCCGAGGCCAGAAGGAAAAUUCAGAACCACAAAGACAGUGAUGUGCAAUAGCCCCACUCAAAGUAAAAAAGUAAAACCCAAGAAAGGAGAACGACAGCAAACGUCUAACAGCCAACAGAACCGAGAGCUUAGUGUGCUCAGGGUACAAACUGACAGCAAAGGGAACAGCAUCAGAGGGACAGCAGAGGACAACUAUGAGAGGACAGAUAACUCUGAUAACAGGCCGUAGACAUCCAAAACCUCUGCUCUUGUUGCUACUCAACCAGAAAGCAAAACAACUCAGGCUGUAAUCCAGAGAUUCAGCAGCUAGUAAAUCAAGUUAAUGAUUUGGUUAUCUGGACAGACAAGUGUUUGUCUUCCAUGAUCUUACAAAAAUGUUCAUUAUCUACUAAGUACUUAUUUGAGUGCUAAAUAGAUUGAUCAUUCACAAGUUUAUUGCUGAAGGUAUUUCUUAGGUUUUUAAUUGUUGCUACUUCAAUAUUAUUUCAAUUUCUUUUUGAUCUACUUUGCAUUGAAUUUGAUAACUUUUUACAUUUCUAUAGGCAACUUUCUAAUAAAUUCUUUUUGUGUAAAUCCUU